AUUCCUUUUAAUGUUAAUUUCAAUAAUAUGUCUUUUCAGGAAACAGUUGAAGUCUUUUUGAAACAUCCUUCUGUAAAAGAUGACUCAGAUCUUGAGGGAAGAACGUCCUUCAUGUGGGCAGCUGGCAAAGGCAGUGACGAUGUCAUUAGAACUAUGCUGACUUUAAAAUUGGAUAUUGAUAUCAAUAUGACAGACAAAUACGCUGGCACAGCACUACACGCUGCUGCCCUUUCUGGCCAUGUCAGCACAGUGAAAUUGCUGUUGGAACAUAACGCACAGGUAGAUGCUUUGGAUGUGAUGAAACACACCCCGCUUUUCCGAGCCUGUGAGAUGGGACACAAAGAAGUGAUACAAACACUCAUUAAAGGAGGAGCAAGAGUAGAUUUGGUGGACCAAGAUGGCCACUCGCCCCUUCACUGGGCAGCCCUGGGAGGAAAUGCUGACGUGUGCCAAAUCUUGAUAGAAAAUAAAAUCAACCCUAAUGUGCAGGAUUAUGCCGGUAGAACACCUCUGCAGUGUGCUGCUUACGGGGGUUACAUUAACUGCAUGAUGGUGUUACUGGAAAACAACGCAGAUCCAAAUAUUCAGGAUAAAGAGGGAAGAACUGCUUUGCACUGGCUCUGUAACAAUGGAUACCUUGACGCUAUAAAGUUGCUGCUUGGUUUUGAUGCAUUCCCUAACCAUAUGGAGAACAGCGAGGAGAGAUAUACUCCACUUGAUUAUGCCUUGCUUGGUGAACACCACGAAGUGAUUCAGUUCAUGUUAGAACAUGGGGCUCUCUCUAUAGCUGCCAUACAGGACAUUGCUGCUUUCAAAAUUCAGGCAAUCUACAAAGGAUACAAAGUUAGGAAGGCUUUUCAAGAGAGGAAGAAUCUUUUAAUGAAACAUGAACAGCUGAGAAAAGAUGCUGCUGCCAAGAAACGUGAAGAGGAAAGUAAGAGAAAAGAAGCCAAGCUGCAGAAAAGCAUGCAGAACGUGGAACAAAACCGGUUUCGAGUACAACAGAAUCCUGCAAAUCGAGAGAAGACUGCCAGCAUCUUGCAGUUACCUGAUAAACAAAUUGAUGCACAGAGUAAGAGACCUCCAUCCCUCAGUGCUUCGCAAGUUCAGCCAGGGAGAAAUAGCAGGGGUUCACCUAAAGUUUGUCACAGCAAAGGGACACCAAAGGAGAGCUGCCGGUCAGCAGAGCCUCAGAGCGAAGGUCAUAAAAUCAGGCAAGAUUCAUUGAGGAAGCACACCAAGAACAAGUCAAGUAACGUCUAUUUCCACUGUGGCAAAGCAAAAGAGGGAACAAAAGUUGAAGCGAAACAUCAGGUUGCAGCUGCUACGGAACUGGAUGGAGAAAAGCACAAGAAGCACGCUGCCGAGGUGGUGGAAAACUGCGCUCGGAGGAGCAGAAGGCGUGCUGCUUCUGCUUGUAGGGCUGCAAGUGGUGGGGAAAAACUAAGAGAUCCAAGUCAGUCUUCAUCUGGCAACAGAGACCAUUGUGAAGGAACAGCUGUGUUCUUCUGCAAUGUCAGUUGUACUGGGGGACUUGCAAGACACUCAGAGAAGUGUGAAGCUUCUUCCAAAGGUAAAAGGCACCAGCAGAAACCUGGGAACAAAGAGGCAAAUGAUGAGCGCUGUUCACCAGCUGGCUCUAGUAGACCAGGAAGUGCCAAAACGGUAUUUGUAAACACCAGAGAUGACAGUGUGCCUGCUGCAGAACAAGCUAACAAAGGGGGAAAUGACAAAUUAGCAAAAAAGGCCUCCCCUUUACUGUCUGCUGAGGCAGAACCUACCACAGCUGUGCCAAGAAACCCAGCAGUGUGUUCUGCUCUUGAUGACCGUUUGAACUCGGAAAAAACAGGUGUAAUUGGAUCCGGGAAUGCAGAUGAUCAGUUAUGUUCUGUUGCAAGCACAAAUAUUGAACAAAUCCCUUUAGAGAUUCGAAUGCAGAUAAUAGAAAAAGAAAGAAAAAGGAAAGAGCUGUUUCGGAAGAAGAACUACGCUGCUGCAGUCAUACAGAGGACGUGGAGAAGUUACCAGCUGAGACAGGAACUGGUCCAGCUUCUUCGUGCUAAGCGGCAGUGCAAAGAAGACGAAGACAAAUGGAGACAAGAGGCAGCUGCCUUCUUCAUUCAGGUUGCUUGGAAGAAACAGCUGAACCGUAGCCCUCUGAAACCAGCUCCUUCGUGUAAGAAUCUGAAACCUGUAAACAAAACCAGCCCAGCCGUAAAACCCAGCAAGCAGUUCAUCCUCAAGCAGAUAUAUGGACGUUCUCAGGAAGGCAAAGCGCAUCAGCCAACAAGACCUCCUUCCAAGCUGAAACUCUCUGAUGUGCAGCUGGUCUCAGUAAAUGACCUGCAGCAUGUUAAUUUGCUGGAGAACAUGGGAAAAUCAAAGCAAUUUUCAUACAACAUGAGACCAACGGCUGAUGCGAAACCAAAACAUACAAGACUCCAGCACUGA